UGAGGAGACGCGAGGAGCAGCCGGCGCGGGGCCGAGGCGCUGGGACGCGGCGGCGCGGAUGCCGGCCGGAUGGGAAGUUCAUGUUGACGGCGAAGUCCACCCAACGUUUCCAAGGUGGCGACAGACAAGGUUGCAGAGAAGCUGAGUUCUACUCUCUCAUGGGUGAAGAACACAGUAUCGCAUACAGUCAGUCAGAUGGCCAGUCAGGUGGCAAGUCCAUCGACUUCAUUACACACGACAUCCUCAUCUACCACACUGUCAACACCAGCCCUUUCACCAUCUUCCCCGUCACAGUUGAGUCCAGACGACUUAGAACUCCUGGCUAAACUGGAGGAACAAAACAGAUUGUUAGAGACGGAUAGUAAAUCUUUAAGAUCUGUAAAUGGGUCAAGAAGAAAUAGUGGCUCCUCUCUUGUAUCAAGUUCGUCAGCCUCCAGCAACCUCAGCCACCUUGAAGAAGAUUCUUGGAUUCUUUGGGGAAGAAUUGUGAAUGAAUGGGAUGAUGUACGUAAAAAGAAGGAAAAGCAAGUGAAGGAGCUUGUUCGUAAAGGGAUCCCUCACCACUUUAGAGCUAUAGUUUGGCAACUUUUAUGCAGUGCCCAGAGUAUGCCAAUUAAGGAUCAGUAUUCAGAACUCCUGAAAAUGACUUCACCUUGUGAAAAAUUGAUCCGAAGGGACAUUGCUAGAACCUACCCCGAACACAAUUUUUUUAAGGAAAAAGAUAGUCUUGGACAGGAGGUUUUAUUUAAUGUAAUGAAGGCUUAUUCAUUAGUGGAUCGGGAGGUUGGUUACUGUCAAGGAAGUGCUUUUAUAGUUGGAUUAUUGCUCAUGCAGAUGCCAGAAGAAGAAGCUUUCUGUGUGUUUGUUAAAUUAAUGCAAGAUUAUAGACUUCGUGAACUUUUUAAACCAAGCAUGGCGGAGCUCGGCCUCUGUAUGUACCAGUUUGAAUGCAUGAUACAGGAACAUCUUCCAGCGCUGUUUGUGCAUUUUCAGUCUCAGAGCUUUCAUACAUCAAUGUAUGCAUCAUCCUGGUUUCUGACUAUCUUUCUUACAACUUUUCCACUCCCAGUUGCCACAAGGAUAUUUGAUAUCUUUAUGUCUGAGGGCUUAGAGAUAGUGUUUCGAGUAGGAUUAGCACUUCUUCAAAUGAACCAGGAAGAAUUAAUGCAGCUUGACAUGGAGGGGAUGUUACAGCACUUUCAGAAGGUCAUUCCACGUCAAUUUGAUAGUGGUCCAGACAAAUUAAUCCAAGCAGCUUACCAAGUCAAAUACAACUCAAAGAAAAUGAAAAAGCUUGAAAAGGAAUACACUACAAUAAAAACUAAAGAAAUGGAAGAGCAAGUUGAAAUUAAAAGGUUACGUACAGAAAACAGACUUUUAAAACAACGCAUUGAAACAUUAGAAAAAGAAAGUGCUUCCUUGGCAGAUAGAUUGAUACAGGGACAAGUGACAAGAGCCCAGGAGGCUGAGGAAAACUACCUCAUAAAACGGGAGCUGGCCACCAUCAAACAGCAGAGUGAUGAGGCCAGUGCUAAGCUGGAGCAGGCAGAAAGUACCAUCAGGAAGCUCCAGCGCCAACAACAAUGGCAUAAAUGCAGUUCCAACUACACUGAAGAUUUUGUGCUCCAGCUAGAGAAGGAAUUGGUCCAAGCCCGACUGAGUGAAGCGGAGUCUCAGUGUGCACUGAAGGAGAUGCAGGAUAAGGUCUUGGAUAUAGAGAAGAAAAACAGCUCAUUUCCUGAUGAGAACAACAUUGCACGGCUUCAGGAGGAGCUCAUUGCUGUAAAGCUGAGAGAAGCUGAGGCCAUUAUGGGUUUGAAAGAACUUAGGCAGCACGUCAAGGAUUUAGAAGAACAUUGGCAGCGUCACUUAGCUCGUACUACUGGGAGAUGGAAAGACCCACCAAAGAAAAAUGCUGUGAACGAGUUACAAGAUGAACUGAUGAGCAUUCGACUCAGAGAAGCUGAAACACAGGCAGAAAUGCGAGAAACGAAGCAAAGAAUGAUGGAAAUGGAAACACAGAACCAGAUCAAUAGUAAUCAUCUUCGAAGAGCAGAGCAAGAGGUGGUGAGUCUACAGGAGAAAGUGGACUAUCUUUCUGCCCAGAACAAAGGACUGCUUACUCAAUUAAGUGAAGCAAAGCGCAAGCAAGCUGAGAUCGAGUGCAAGAACAAGGAAGAGGUCAUGGCUGUGAGACUGCGGGAAGCAGACAGCAUCGCUGCUGUGGCUGAACUGAGGCAGCACAUUGCAGAGCUUGAAAUACAGAAAGAAGAGGGAAAACUUCAAGGACAGCUUAACAAGUGUGACUCUAACCAGUAUAUUAGAGAACUGAAAGAUCAGAUAGCAGAGCUGAAUCACGAGCUCAGGUGCCUAAAAGGCCAGAGGAACUUCUCAGGCCAACCUUCAUUUGAUGGAAUCCACAUUGUCAGCCAUUUCAUAGGAGAUGAUGAAUCAUUCCAUUCCUCUGAUGAAGAUUUUAUAGAUAACUCCUUACAGGAAAGUGGCACUGGCUUUCCUUUGCACAGAAAGUCUGGUCCAAUGCCUUUGGACCCCACUCUGGCCGAUGGUAGUGAAAGUGAAGCAGAAGAUGGUGUGCUGGAAACCCGCAAGAGCAAUCGAGUGGUCCAGAAGGAGUGUCCCCCACAAAGGGAGCCAUAUUCAACCACUGUCUGACCAUCACUGUGACCUUGACUGUGGACUUUUUUAAGGGAUCAUUCGUCACAUGACUAAAGAUUUGAGGGUCAUUCCUCUUUCGAUAUGUACAUAUGCACUUAUAUGUAUUUUACAAUCUUCUCUGCCUUUUUAUCUUUGCCAAAUUCUCACCACUGAGUUUCCAUUGCCAUAAGUAGACGAGUAUGGUUCGUGGUAAAAUAAGGUUCUAACAGUGUUACAGAAUAUUACUUUUUCUUGUUUAGAAAAUACAGCUGUAUCUAAAUGUGGGAACCAUUUUGAGGUUUAGAGCUAUGGAAAAUUGUAUUUUCUUCAGGCAAACUGCUCUUGUGCAAUAUUUUAUGCUUAAUUUGUUUCCAAGGUGGCUGUCUUCAGACAUUUGACCAAAACACAUAUCUGAUUUACCUUGUGUUUUUGUGUUUUGAGGAUUUUUUUUUUUCCCACUAAAAUUGCAGUUCUACAAGGGGCCACUGAAGGUUCUCAAACACAAAGACUUUUUUUCUGUAUAAUUUUAUAAACACAAAUUAAUUGUUACUGUUUAGAGUUUUACAUUUUGUUUUAAUUUCUCAUUUGUGUGUAAGAUGCUUUUGUGUGUUGGUUAGAAUAAUAGCUUUUACUACAAUUAUAUUAUUUGUACAUAUUUAUAAAUCUGUACUGCCCAACAUUGAUCAUCAUUUUAUAUGGCGAACAUACAUGUUGCAAAAUGACUGUGUUUAGCAUUCUAACAGGAUGUCUGUAAAUAGAUUAAAAGAAAACUGCAGAGUAAAAUCUGACACUAAUAUUUGAAUAGCUUUAGUAUUUUGCUUAGCACUCAACAGCAGAUUCUGUAUCGCUGAGUGUUCAAAAACACUAUUGGUGACAUUUUUACUUCUUAUGUAUGUAAUUAAUAAAUUUUUAUGAUUAAAGAAAUGCUAGCACAUACCAUUUAGUGCUAAUGUUAUGCUUACAUAAUUCAAGCAUUGGGCUAGGGUCCAAGAUGCAUAGCAAUUAUCUCUGCAAAACACUUGUGAAAAAUGUCUUUCAGUCCUCUAGUUUUUAAUCAGUAGUAAAGCCAUAAGAAUCCUCUCCUGCGAACUCGUCCUUGUCUGUCACUUAGCCUUGUUUUCCGUUGCAGCUCCUCUUGCUGGUAAAUUGGGAGAAACACCCAAAACCUAAGGAAAGACCGGGGGAGUGUGCUAACUGCAUACUUGCCACUCUGUGUCGUUCCCAGCCUGUGAAAGAAUAGCCAUAGAGGAAGAGGAGAGUAGGUUCUGUAUAAAUGGAAACUCCACUUUGCACAGAAUGUCACAUACAUUAAAAAAAAAAAAAAUCUUAUGAUGGGACGCAGUAGAAGAGAUAAAAGCAGUUUGCUUUCUGAAAUCAUACGUAAGGCCUAAUGCUGCAUUCUAGGCUAGGCUUUCCCCGCAUGGCCAUCACGGCUGUUUACCUGACUGUCCAACACUUCCUUCCUUGUGUGGCCAUAGCACAGGAUAAGUUCUAGUGCUUCAUAAUAUGCCUGUGGUCACAAGCUAGUAACUUAGCAGAGCCAAAUAUUAAUCAGACCUGACACCAAUGCUUUUAAAGAGGUCUCGCUAACGAACUGUCCAAUUCCCUACUCUCUGGCAGUGUUUUGAAUGAAUUUCAUGUAAAUGUUUUCUGAGUGAACUAUGUAGACGUAAAUACAUUGAGUUUCGCGCUCUUGAGCUGCAUACGAUUCACUGUAGAUACUCCUACAAUGUAUAUUACUCCUUCCAUCCUAAUUCCUUGGCGUUCUUCCUUGGCCAUUCUGUACUGUCGGCUCAGAUGACUGUAGGUGAAAUGAGGUGAUUGGUGACUGUUAUUGCCUUAGUCCCUUCAUCAAGAAAUCUGAGUGGAUUUAGAGGUAUAGCCCAGAGGUAGAGUGUUUGCCUAACAUGCAUGAGGCCCUGGGUUCUAUCCCCAUCACCACAAAAAGAAACAAAAAGGAAAGAUAGGUUUAGAGAAUUCCCAAGUACUCUUCCUGGUUUGGAGUUAGGUCUUGCAAGAAUCAUGUCAGUAGACCUCAGAUUGUUGAUGCUCUUGUGAUUUGUGUGGGGGAAAACUAGCAACAGUUUUUUUCAAGGUCUUCGACUCAAAGCAGGUGCAAUGGUCCCUGCCUGUAGUCCCAGCUGCUCGGGGAGCUGAGGCAGGAAGAUCCCUUGACUGUUGGAAUUAGAGACUAGCAUGGGAAGUAUAGUAAGAUCUUGUUUCAAAAACCCUGUUGUUUUUUUUUUUUAAUUCAAGAAAUUUUAGGAAGGACAUUUUAUGGCCUGUAGGAAUACGAUUGUAAGCCUGGAAUAAAAUUCAAUAUUCCAUUUCAUUCAAAUUAAAGUAUAUUGUUCAGGACUUGAAGGCAUUUUGACUGUGCUCUGCUGAUUUAUCUGAUUUAUAGUCGGAUACGCUUAAAUGUCUUUCAAAUGUUAUUUUUCUGAAACAUUUAAGGGCUGGAGUGAUGGCUCAGCAGUUAAAGGUGCUUGCAAAGCCAGACGGCCUGGGUUCAAUACCCCAGUACCCACACAAAGCCAGGUGCACAAGGUAACAGAUGCUUCUGGGGUUCAUUUGUAGUGGCAGGUGGCCCUAGUGUGUCCGUUCUCGCUCACUGUCUCCCCACCUCCUCCCGUGUAAGAGUUGGAGGAUAUUCGGAGGAAAAUUAAUGAAAUGGCUUACAGUGGGAAAAACUUGCUCCCUUAGGAUAGUUACUUUCCUGGUGUCCUUGCCAGGGUUGAUAUACUGAAAAUAGAUCUACAAGUCAUUUGAAUAAAGUAGAAAUUGCAUAUCGAAAUAAGCAGUUACCUUAAGAUCAAGCACUGCAACAUACUUUUAAAAAUCUUUUUCCCGCCCCUCCCUGCCAAUGCUGGGGAUCAACUCUAGGAUCUUAUGCACACAAGGCAAGACUCUACCUCCACCGCCAACACCAGCCCAGCUGGUCAGAAAUUAGUGGUAUAGUUUUCUUCUUGACAAGACAGGUCAAAUAUGUAACUUUAUCCAGUGUCUGAUUUUUUGUUGUUAUUCGGAGGAUCAUAUGUAUGAGUGCGUGCUGGAUAGCAGGCAGGAGGUAUGUACCAUCUCACUGGGGCGCCAGCCUCCAAGCUCACCGGCCUGUUCGUGUUGAAAGAAAGAGCACUUUCGCAGCUCCAAGUACGAUGCAGCUUGUCUCUCUCCAGGUAGUGCCUUUGAUUGACAGUAGCGUCUAGACCUUCUGAAAUGUAUUAUUUCUGGCAUCAUGAGAGAUCACUGGGUUCGUCACCAACCAUUUGUAUAGAGUACUGUAAUAUUCAAAUUUAAAGAAAAUGCAUAUGUCAAUUAUGUUUUGGUAGAGCAUUACAUGACCAGCUCAAUUACUGUAAAGUUCCAGGUAUUGACAGCUAAGAUUUUGUGAAAUCAGUGAUUUGAUUAUUAAAACAAUGAGUUUUAACUUGAAAGAUUUGCUGCUGUAAUUAAUGUAAAAAAAAAAAGGAUAAGUUUUAAACUCAAUUCAUUGUAAUUUAAUCCUGAAAUUAAAAUUUCUGGUUAAAAGUAGAACAAAUGCUGUUUAUAACCCAUAUUUUUAACAUACAUCCAUUGAUUUGCAUAUCUCUUCAUUCCAAAGAAGAGAUGACAUGAUAGUACAUCCAAGAUACAAAGUUAUAAUAUCAUGUAUUUCAAUUUACUGUUGGAAUUUUUUAUUGUAACGCUGUAUAAUAACCCAAAAAUGUUUACUUGUGCCUUUGCUUUAAGUAAUUAAAGUUUUACAUUUUAUAAGAA